AUGUCUACCGAGCGCUUAAUGACGAAAAUGAUUAAAUCAGGAAGGGAUGAGGCAGAGGUACGAUCAAUGUCAAGACAAGAGAUUAUCGAUGCAUGUCUCGCUAGCGAAUUGAUGAGAACAGAACUUCUGACCGAAACAUCUGAACCUCCCCAGAACGUAACUGAAACGGAAAGAUGGAAAUUUGAGAAAGAACUUGAAUUUAAAGAAAGACAAGCGGCGAAGGAACUUGAAUUUAAAGAAAGACAAGCGGCGAAGGAAUUUGAAUUUAAAGAAAGACAAGCGGCGAGGGAAUUUGAACUGAAAGAACGAGAACUCGAAUUGAAAGAAAGACUAAAGGAAGAGUUAAAAUUAAAAGAAGAUGAAAUGAGAUUGAAAGAAGAUGAACUCAGAUUAAAAAGGGAAGAAUUUUUAUUAAAACAAAAGGAAAGUAAUUCGCUAAUUAAUAGAAUUAAAAAGUUCAGCGACACGAUGAAAGAACAAUUGUGGAAAAUGCCCCAAAACCCUAGUGAACUACCAACUUUUUUUGUACAUCUCGAAAACGCUUUCUGUUCUAAUGGAGUUGAUCAAGAUGUCAAGUCAAGACUUCUUCAAAUGUGUUUACACGAUAAAGCGAAGUCUAUUAUAACUCGAUUAACAGUGCAACAAUUAGAUGAUUAUAAUACUUUGAAAGAAUUUCUACUGAGCGAGUUUAGAAUCAGUCCAGUCAAAUUGCGAGAACAAUUUUUCAGCACGAAAAAAAUACCAAAUGAAACGUACCAACUAUUAUUAUCGAAGUUAAAAAGCUUAUGGAAUUUUUAUCUUAAAAGCAGAGAGAUUGGAACAGAUUUUCAUAAACUAGUGAACUUAUUAAUGGCCGACCGAAUGAAGGAGUUGCUACCCAGAGACUGUUUAAAUUUCGUUCUUAGCCAGGAGCAAGAUGGCUGGUUAGAUUGUGAUAAGUUAGCACGAAUAGCUGAUAAUUAUGCCGCGACAUACGUCAAAGAUAAUAACAGAUCAUAUCAUCGUGAAACGGAACAAAAUUCUUUUGUUGACACUGCAUUUACUCAGUUUGAUACAAGACAGGAAGCGAAUCCACGCAUAUUGGACAAAACUAAAGAAGAAGCUAUGAGAAAAGGAUUGUGUUUUAAAUGUCGACAACCUGGUCAUCUAUCAAAAAACUGCAACAAUUCAUUUAAAAUACAAAGAAAUUCAGUGCAGCGCAGAUUGGAAGUAAACAAUAGUUAUCAAUAUAAUCGAAAUACCCGAGAUAUUCAGUGGAAACAUUUCUAUAGAAGAAAAUUCGUCGAUAUUGCUGUUGAAGGUGUACUACCCCAAAAGGCAUUGAUCGACGGAGGCGCAGAGAUUUGUUGUAUACGACGAGAUCUCAUCGAACCGUCAAAGAUGAAAGUGCAAGGAAAGAUUUCAAUUCUUGGACUACGAGGCGAAGCGAAUGUGUUUGAUACGGUGAAGCUAGAAAGAUGCCUAAAGAUGAGGAAUAAAAGGGAGGAUGAUGACAUUGCUCCCCCCUGUCAUCAUUUUGGGUGGGGGAUAACGGGCGAUAAAAGAAGGGAACGAGGGGAGAUUAGAAGGAAUAUAGAACGUUAUUGA